CAGGAAACUGUGAAAAAAAAGACUCGUCAGCUGUCGUUUAAAAUGUCCAACAACAUCUACGAAGACCCAGAUCUGACUUUGAAUGUGAAAUACAGCAAAGGAGCCAGGCGGGGGGGCGGAGGAGAGAGAGUGGAGCGAGUGAUCGACAUCUAUGAGAGCGUGGACACGCCCACAACCCGGCGUGGCCCGCCGCUGCGUCGAGGAACACACCCUCAAAACCAUCUCCCAGCUGAGCGGAGAAACCCUUUCAGUGCAGCCGCCCUGGUUUUGGGUUUCCUUUGUCUCCUGCUGGUGGGGGGGGUCAUUGUCCUGGCCAGUCAAUAUGUUUCAGUCAUGCUGGAAAAGCAGCAGCUGCAGACCAGUAAUAACCAGCUGCAGACCAGUUAUAACAACCUGAGCAACAGUUUCUGCCAGGAGGCAAAGAACCAGACACACGAAUGGAGCAGAUUUCGGUGCAGUUGCUACUACAAGUCUACUGAGAGGAAAAACUGGACGGAGAGCAGGAGAGACUGUCAGAGCAGAGGAGCCGACCUGGUGGUAAUAAACAGCAAAGAAGAAAAUAAUUUCGUCAGUGAGCUGAAUAAACCAGAAGGUUCCUGGAUCGGUCUGCAGUCAGUGCAAAAAAAAGAUUGGUCAGCGGAAUGGAAAUGGGUGGACGAAUCAACACUAUCAUAUACGAAGUGGCAGAGAGACGUGACUAUAAACCCCGCGGACGUGAAGGGGGCCACAGUGUACAUGGAUAAGGAUGGAAAAUGGAGACAUUUCAAUAACAGAUCGAAAAGAUGGAUUUGUGAGAGACCCAUUUAUUAGGUCU